ACACGCGUGGGAAGAUGUCCAUUUCCAUUUAAAAGAACCGUUAAAGAAUUCACGUUACUAGAAUACGUGACAAGAACAGAUAGAGUAAGGUUAGACAAUUGCCGAACAUAGUAAUGCCAGCCGAAGUGACUUUCACAACUUCGCCAAACAUUUCGUUUCCCCUCAUCUGGAACGGAUUGGAUUGGACCGAAUCAGGUCAAAAGCAAUCCGUUUUUGGAACACUUUAAACCGAAAAAGCAUGUCUCUUGUGCUUGCACGGAUUGGUCUGCAAUAAGGUGGAUCUCCCCCAAUCCAAACUAACAGUUGCAAUGAUUCCGACUUUUCUGCGGACAGGUGGGCAACAAUAAAAACAAAACAAAAUAAAAAAAUGAUCAGCAGAUUAUCAAUUAAAUUUAAGUAUUUUUAAUGUUCACUUCCGAUCAGUUUUGCUUUUGAGUGGAAAUCCACUUGUGUACCAGACAUGUGAAAGCCUUGCGCACCCCAGGCUUCGCAUGAAAAACUGAAAUGACGAUUUUGCAUCAGAUGAACUUUUGGUCAUAAAGCAAACUCGCAAAACAUUGGGGAAAAACAAAAACUGCAAACGCAAGAUGAGGAAAUGUUUGUUGUGUCGUUGUUUCUAACUAUUGAAUUUUAUAUCUAGCUCAAAUAUGUCGAUGAAGAACCAUUCCCAGCUGGUUGGAGCAUUGUACAAUUGGACUGAUGAUCUUCCAGUUUGUAAGCAAAGUGGUGUUGGGUAUCAAACCAAUCAUUUAUACCGAGCUGGUGGCGACCGUGGAGAAGUAUCUGAUUACGAAGAUCGUAGCUUUCAUUUCCAAUGUCCUGACGACUGCUAUUUGUAUGGGAUUAUUGACGGACACGGUGGAUUCAAGGUUGCUGAGUUUGCAGUACAAAAAUUACCGGCCGAGCUUUUACUAGGACAACUGAAAGAUGAUUACGCAGAUCGGGAAGUAUGUGCCAAGCUGCAAGAGGCGUUUGAAGGUGUUGCAAAGGGUUUCGUGGAUGAUCUUAUAAAUGACGCCCUUAUGGAAAAAAUGAAUUUGGAAGAACAAAUGCCUGAGCGUAUGAAUCAAGGUGAAGCAUUCCGGCGAUUCCCCACAUUAUUUCAACGACUCCAAGAACUUGAUGUACAAAUAUCGGGAGGAUGCUCCGCAGUCAUCGCAUUAAUACAUAAAUCACGACUGUAUGUUGCAAAUGUUGGCGACGCGAGAGCUGUGUUGUGUCGUCUCGACGAAAACAGUGGAGAGCAGGGUGUAGUGCAGUUAAGUACAGACCACACUAUAUCAUCCAACUCCGAGUUACGUCGAUUGGACUCACUUGGAUUGGAUAUCGAAAAACUGCAAGUUUCUGGUUUGCUGACUGUUACUCGAAGUUUAGGAGAUUGGGCUCUAAAAGGAGGCUACAAAAACAUCGCUGAGUUAAGUUCCGCUAAAGAAGAGCCAAUUCUGUCCACACCUUCCGUACACGGUGGAGAGCAAAUUGAUGCUUCGAUGCAAUUUUUGUUCAUGAUGUCGGAGGGUGUAUAUAAAGCUUACCAGGAAGCUACGGGAACUCCUCCUGAGCAGGUUAACAACAACAUUGCGUUUAUGGUUGGAGAAAGUAUUAUGAAACAGACAACAAUUAAAGGUGUGGCACAGUCGGUUGUCGAUCAAAUUUGUCUCUUGCAUUCAGAACAAUACUUAAAAUCACAGCAUAAAACUUGUAUCAAGCGAGAGGACAUGACGUUGUUGGUUCGACUGUUUAGUGCUGAACUUGGCAAGCCUAUCGUACCGUUCACCUCCGUUGGUAUUAAAGCUAAGAAGGCAGCUGUAUUGACACCUCUAAUAAUUCCACAACCGCCAGUGCAACGAGCGUUUUUACCAAGCAUUCCACACGACAAUGUUAACCGUCAAACAGCGGGAGGUAGCCCAUCUUCACCCAUACAACAACAACACUCUCAAAUUCGUAUGCAGUCACCAUUAACUGUGACCGUCACAAACAAUCAAGACUUUCACGGAGAGGCUGACAAUAAUCCAUCUAUGGCUGCAUACUACCCGCAGCAACAAACACCCUUGCCUGGAAACUCGAAAACGAACAAUUACUCCCCGCGUAACGAUGAUACAGGCGCACAAUUGUUCCGCGGUUUUACCGAUCAGCAGCAAAGGGAAUUUUUUCGGCCGAGAACAGAUAAGGAAGCUCCACUGUUGAUCCCAAAAACGAGCGAGUCGAUUAAAUCAGUUAGUGUUACCAGCAACUCAAACAAAGAGAAUCAGGAAUCAUCCGCAAAUACCGAUAUGGAACCCGUUCAAGAUAGGACUAAGUUGUUUAACCGCCCUGCGGAACCUUUGGAAACAGACGCAAACGGACGAAUUAAAGCUCAUGUGAGUUUCACAGAGUUUUUAAAGAAAGUGGACGAAAUGGGCGGAGAACGGGUGGUUUUUUCGCAAUUUUUGGAUGGAAAGUAUUUCGGUAUUUAAGUCUUUCUUUUUUUUUACAAACUUUCAAAUGAGCUUACCGAAGUCAUAACACGGUUACGUUUUACAGUUCAUGUUAUGCUAAAUACAGUCUUCAUCAAGUUGUUGCGAUAUUAUGAUAAGUGUUUUAGAAUGAGAAACAAUCUUUAUCUUCAAUCUGUGAGUUUGUAUUUUUCCAUAUAAAUAACAGUACAGAGUAAGCGUAAGAGGUGUCUGAAUGAAAAUCUUUUGACAAAACAUUAACAUAAUGCGUUGUUUUUAACACUGUUUAUUUUCUCUCAGUGUAGCUUUGAUCCAUCCUUGUAAAUUAAACAAAAAUCAACAAUGUAACCUUUGUCCUAAAGAAGUACUCUUUAGCGUCAAAUAUACCUUUAUUACUAUUGAA